UAUAUCUCGCCUCUGCUGCUACAUAUCCACUGAUAUCUUUACGAGACAAACGAAUUUUUGUUAGUAGUGAUUACAACCUGUUGAGAGAGCCGACAACCGACGGAGUAACUUUAAUCGAUAUUUCUCCGUAACCUUUUUAUUAUUAGGCUAGAAUUGCAACCCGAGCGAAAAGUAUUAUUAGUGUUUACACGUGAAACAAAACGGCACGAAAGCAAAACCACUUCGUUUUGGGCAUUUCUGCACAAAAUGGCAUUUGACCAGUCUCAAUUUCUCACAUUAGAAAACAAAGUUUGUUAGCCACUGAGGACAAGGUUAGGUUUCUAUCGGUAAUUUACGAUGGCAGUUGAAUUUAUAGUGAACCGCGUGAAAGCUCUUGUCGUACUUCUUCUGAGCGUAUUCAGACGAGCAAUGUGCUGUCUUCGUCGUCGACGUAGGUCAUCCUGCGAUUCCAUUCCACUCUCUGCAGUUGGUGUUGUACCAAACACAUUGAACACAACAGAAUCAGAGCAGUGGGAUCAGUGGGAGGAAAAUCCUGUUGUGGUCGUACCAGAUAGGCCAGUUAAUACAAUACAGGCUAAAAUCGAUCAAUACAGACAGCAAGCAUCUAAAUCAUUGGAACUGACGGAGGAGCAACAACCAAAUUUCUUUGAGAACAUGACACCAAAAAUCACCAUGCAGACAAAAGUUCUAGUUAAAGACAAGGCAUCGGAUAAUGCAUCAUGGAAUGCUUCGAAGUUUGCUGUUGCCGAUGUUCUUAUACCAUCUAAUGAACUUGGAGAGUGGGAAGAUAAUACUGCUGGCUGGGAAGAAGAAACAUCAAAAGAGUUCGGAGAUACUACAAGAACAUUAAGAGAACAAAAACGAAGAGAACGAGAACAACGAUUGUUUGAGCAGCAACAAAAAAAAAUUGAACGUAAUUUAAGACCACAGCUAUUAGGAACAAAACUAAGUUCCUGAUGAGAAAGAAUAUACUAGCAGAAUUUUGUAUUGAAACUGAUCAUUUUUCCCGGCUACCGACAUCUACGCACAAAAUGAAUUUAUUGGACCUUCAUGGAAUGUCAUUUAAAGCUCAAAAAUCAAAAUCAAUCACAGUUUCCAUUUUUGAUUUCCAAUGAUUUGAAUUAAAUGAAAUGAGAUUUUGCCAUUAAAGAACAUUAUAUUGCAUUAUAAUACGAACAAAUAGGACUGACUUAUUCACAAAAUGUAUAAAGCCAUUAAAAGAACUUCAUUGCAAGGGGAUUGGAACGCGCUAGUUUUCGUCAGAAAUGUUCAUUUUAGCGUUAAGAUGUCUUUAACCCCUUGUGGCCCGAGUAAUCGGGAGUUAGCAGGCAGACCAAGGGAUCAACACUUGCAACCAUUCCAUGUAAAUAAUCUUGUAACGUUGUUUUGAACCUCUAAGUAUUUCCUCUGUGACCAAAUCAGUUUGUUUUUCAAUGUUUAUUGAUUCCCUACCAUCCAUCAGUGAACUAAGUCCUGUAACCUAAAAUAAUUUUUUUCUUGAAAGUGCGUAGGAUUUCAAGGGGGUGUCUAUUCACCAAAAAUGAUUGUAAUCGAUCCCCGCAGCUAAAAAUAAUUUUUUCAAAGCGAUUCGAAAUUUUUUUUUCGCCGAAAAAUUUAGGCAUCUACCCCCUGUCGAUUUGUCUUAAAAAUUCGUUUUUGAUAUUUAGUACUUUUGUUUGACGCCGUACAGAAAAGUUGUCUAAUACUUUUUUAUAGGUACCUAUGAGCUCUACUUCAGAAAAAAGUUUCAAUGAAAUAUAUUCACUGUUAUAGGAGUUAUGGCUGUUUGAAAAUUGGACCAUUUUUAGGGAGUUUUUCUCACUUUAUGGGAUCAAGGAAUAACUUUUCGAAUAUUUUUAGAAUUUCUACAUAUUCUCCACCAAAAAUUUCGGGGAAUCAUUGCAGGCCUCAGAUUAUAUUUUCGGAAAAGAAUUUUUUUCUCGAAAGUGCGUAGG